CUCUCUUGGUCCAGAGUUGGUCUAUGACUGAUGUAAUGUCUCUAACCUGCAGUCGUCUUCUGGUCAGGUUGAGAAGGAAGAGCUGAAGGAGCGUUUCAUGAUCGGGAUGGUGGUCUACCCAGAGACAUUCAGUGAGAACGGCAAGUCCAUCUGCUCCGGGCUGCUGGAGAAACAGUUGGACCAGAGACUAGGCUUCAAGAACGGCGCCUGUGACGAGAUCGGGGCACACCCCUUCAGCGGCAUCCACUGGAGGAGACUGGACGCAGGUCAUCCCACAGCUGCCACAAAGAGACUUCACGUCAGAAGCACACUAUCCCGCCCUAUGAAGUUUCCUGUGCAGGGAGUCGAUCUUGGAACAGCCUAAGUCAUCCACUUGCUGCUUGGCUUGACUGUUACUGUGGAAAAGGAGGACAAAAUGUAAAGCGCAGAUGUUUCGGACCAGACCAACAGUAGCCCUUUGCAGUGAUGUUGUGUUUAGUUCACUAGUAAUGGAAAAUUCCAACUGACAUCACAAAGCACUGCCAACUGAAUAUUUAUUGAAUGCUAGACGUUUGGAAAAGAACAAUGGAAAAAAACUGUAAUAAAAAAAUAACUCAGAGAGCUUGAUGGGGACAUACACUGGCCUUGUGACAAUGAUACCUGAACCCAGACAAACACUGAAACAGAACAGCCGAUCAAGUUCUACACAUCAACUUUGCCAUGGAGAUGGAACACUUGAGUGAUACGGACUGCUCAUUGGUUGAGACUGUUCCACUAGGCCAAGAGUGAGAAAGGGCUUUGGACCUCCGUAAUUCAGUUGGGCUCAGCAAUAGAUAUUAUUCUGUAUUCUCAAAGCAUCAUCAAGACAUAAGCGUGUGAGUGAGUGGAAAAAAUAGAGAAAAUGAAAGAUGCCGUUUGAUUCUGCAAUGAAACUGUAACAAACCGGUAGUAUAACUCACUAGAAUUAGUGAAAUGUGCUAAGAAACAUAUGAAAUCUUGCCUUUCUGUAAAUAUACAGUGCCCUCCUGAGUUAUUGGCACCCUAGGUAAAUAUGAACUAAAAAGGCUGUGAAAAAAUGUAAUUGUUGUCUAUCAGCUUGAUCUUACACUCAAAAUAUCCUAUGAAUCUAACCUUUUAAUUAAGUUAAAAUUGUUC